AUGCCAAAGAUAUUUCUGUUUAAGGUGCUCUAUAUAUAAAGGUGAGGGAGCAACUGAGAUUUAGUGCCAGUUUGCUUUCAUUAUCAGCCCCUUAAGAGGACUACAGGCAGCUCCUGACAAUCUACGUGGAGACAGUUACCUGUUUAAGGUCUCCCGUCCGUUGAAGGAGCUAGACACCUGCCUCCCACGACCCUAAAACACAGAUCAUCAUGGAAACCAUAGAACGCAUCGUGGAAAAAUGCAACUCCAUCUAUCGGAGGGCUGAGAGUGUGAAGGUCUACAAAACCAACUGUGACACAAUCGCCGAAAGAGUCCACAUUCUGGAGAGACUGGUUAAGGGGAUCGAAAAAAAGGGACCUGAUCACAUCACUCCCACAGUUUCCCAAUCUUUGAUAGAAGUCCUUAUGACUCUGACUACUGCAGAGGAACACAUAACGAAAUUCACCAGGUCGAGCACUAUUAAAGGAUCUAGUGCCAAGACUAAAGAUAAUGAGGCAAUGUUUGGUAGGAUAAGUAAAAAAAUAGAUGAUGGCUUGCAGGUUCUGAAUGCGGCACAAGCGAUUGAUAGUCCCAUUGCGCCAAAGCAAACAACCUACCCUGCAGGACCGACGUUUUCUCCGUUUCCACAGCCCAGCCAGACUCUGCAGGUGCAGCAGUUCAGCCUUGCAGCCUCUAUGCCUCCUCCACCACAAACGUUAUACCCCGCAACCUCUCUGCCUCCUCCAGCACAACCGUUAUACCCCGCAACAUCUCUGCCUUCUCCAACAGCCCCGUUAUACCCUACAGCCUCUCUGGCUCCCCAAACACAGCAGUUCAACCACAGUUUCUCCAAACCUAUGGUUCCAACUUUCCAAAUGUCCAACCACAUGACCACUGUGCCUCUGCACAGCAAUAACCCACCAGCCUCAUUUUCCACGGCCUGUUAUGGUUUCAGUGUUCCACAACCAGGCAACGGCUAUUAUGCGAAUGGUUCUGGCACCAUGACGUCGAUGUCUUACCCCACCCCAAUGAAUAUCUCCCACCAAAGCACCUCAAUCGCGACAAAUUAUGUUGUCAACAAUCCCACCUUUCAGUAGGGUGCUUAAGAGGCUAAAAUAAUAAAUUGGCUCAACUUGGAGGAGGUAAAACAUUACAAAAUUUGGUGGAAACAAUAGCAAAAAUUCCUGCGAGUCUGCGCAUCUGUAAUCAUGUUGAAUGUUCAGAAAUAAAAAUAGUAAAUAAAUAAUGAAGAAGACUUCUGUGCAGCCAAAAACAAAUUAAGGCAGCAAUCCCUUAUGCAGUUAUGCAAGAAUCAAACAAAAACAAGUUAAACUUCCUGUAAAGGAACAAGAGAUGAGUGCCUGAAAAAGAACAUCUUUAACUUGCAGCAUGAGGGAUUUUUUUUCUCCUUCAAUUAAGGCACAUUAUAAAUCAGCCAUGUUUGUUUUUCUAAAGGUAAAAUAUUAGACCUCAGGAGUCACACAACCCAUUCAGCGUGCAAACAUUCAUCAAAAAUCGGCUCAUUGUGUAACUAAUAUCUUAUGAUUCUUACUGAAACAUAGUGACUAAUACUUGGGCUAAUGGAUUCUGACUUUAAAGAUCAUAGUAAUUUGAGGUUUGGGAAAACUUUUCUGUUCACUUCCAUUUAAUGUAAAGAAGAAUGACUAUGAAUAGCAUUUUCUAUAUUUAUCAUUAAAUCUGUUUAAAUAAAACUACAAAAUAGCUAAACUUUUCUAUAUCUGCUAUAUUUUUUCUGUGCAUUUAAAGUUAAUGAUACUCGCAUUUUGAUUGAAAGUUUAACAUUAUGAAGAGUUAAAAAAAUAAGUAUUUAACCGAUACCUUCCUAAAAACGCUGCUGUGAUGAGCACUUUAAUAUUUACAUUUUAUUCAUAAGCACAGGCUAAAUGAUUUAACUGCUUCUAACACAAAUGUUCUUUAUAUGUGACGUCUUAAUGAUUUUAAAUGAUGUUGAACAUUGUAAAAUGUAUUGCAAGAUUGCUUCCAUUUUGUCUUUGUAAAAUGCAACGUACUUUUGAAAUUCCUUAUUGCUGUGUUAUUGAAACAGGGGGUUUGUACGUACAUUAAAGGUAAAGCAUUGUGUGUUUUGAUCUUCUAGUUGUUACCAACCUUUUUUCUAACUGUAUUUCACUCCAAUAUUGGGUUCAUAUGAGGAGAAACAAUAAUAAAGAAAACUGGGGAAAUUUA